GAUAGAAAUGUAUGGGGAGAAAAGACGCGAUUUUAGCGUUUCUUUGAGUGUUUAAAAAUAGAAUCUUGCUGCAAUCAGAAGUACAGCCUGUAUUUUUACCCCGAGGAGGUGGUUCGUUAUUUCUUCGGACUGUUUCAUCCACACCCAUAAAGUGAUUGAGACCUUCAGUGAAGCUCCUCCUACAACAAUCCACCAAUAACACACAGAGAAAUCACUUCAUGUGUGACAACUGAAAUCUCAGAGGAGCUCGAGAAGAUGAAAGAUCCACAACCGUGCAGAAUAAAGACUGAAGAAACUGAAGAACAAAUAGACAUGAUAGAAGUGAAAAAGGAGAGUCACUAUGAAGUGGAUGAGAAACAUCAGAUUGUAAAAUUAAUCCAUAAUGUUUCACAGAAAGGAACUCUCAGAACAGAAGACAUAAAGUGUGAAAAGAGUUUCAGUAAAGAUCGACACCCUGAGAAUCACAAGAGGACUCACAGCGAGAAGAAGCUGUUCACAUGUCAUCGGUGUAAAAAGAGUUUUAGAUUUAAAAGUAAACUUGAGAUUCACAUGAGAACUCACACUGGAGAGAAACCUUACAAGUGUCAUCUGUGUGGAAAGAGCUUCGCAGUUGAAUCUACCCUCAAGACACACAUGAGGAUUCACACUGGAGAGAAACCUUACACAUGUUUUCAGUGUGGAAAGAGUUUUAUAUCUUCAAGUGACCUUACGAGACACACAAGAAUUCACACCGGAGAUAAACCACACGCGUGCCAUGAGUGUGGAAACCGGUUUACAACCUCAGGUACCCUUAAGAAACAUUUGAGAAUUCACACUGGAGAAAAACCAUUCACAUGUAAUCUGUGUGGAAAGAGUUUCACAGUUGAAUUUAGCCUUAAGACACACAUGAGAAUUCACACUGGAGAGAAACCUUACACAUGUAAUCUGUGUGGAAAGAGUUUUAUAUCUUCAAGUGACCUUACGAGACACACAAGAAUUCACAGCAGAGAUAAACCACAUGCGUGCCAUGAGUGUGGAAACCAGUUUACAACCUCAGAUACCCUUAAGAAACAUUUGAGAAUUCACACUGGAGAGAAACCUUAUACAUGUUAUUUGUGUGGAAAGAGUUUCAGAGAUAAAAGUAGCCUUAACAUACAUGCAAGGAUUCACACCAGAGAGAAACUGUUCACAAACCAUGAGUGUAAAAAAAGUUUCAGAAGUAAAAAUAACCUUAACCCUUUAACCGGCGCAGCCCUUUUUGAGUGGGGGUGGUGAAAAGAUAAUGUACACUUUCAAAUUAAUAUACCUCUGGCAUUUUUCUUGUCUAGAAGCCUAAAUUUGGUCUUAUUUUAAAGAAGACACUUAAACGUUUUUUUUUACGGAAGUAUCAGUAGGUGAAAAUACAUAUUUUUUUA